AUGGAACCAAGUUUUGAUUGUGUUGCAAGCCUUCUUUGCACCGAAGAAGAUAGCAGUGUUUUCGAUGAUGUUGAAUAUGGUGGUUCGAUGGAGGAUUACGAAGAUUUGUGGCAUCCUAGGAACGAACAACGCUCUGGUGGUGUCCCUAAUGAGUUGCACUUGCCAUUGCAGAGUGAAGAGUGUUUGGUUCUGAUGUUGGAAAAAGAAUGUCAACAAUGGCAUGGUGCUGAUUACUUGAAUAGGUUAAAGUUUGGAGAUUUGGAUUUUGGUGCAAGAAAUGAAGCCAUUGAUUGGAUUCAAAAGGUUCAAUCACAUUUCGGUUUUGGUCCGCUUUGUGUUUAUCUAUCCAUUAAUUACAUGGAUCGUUUCCUCUCUGCAUAUCAAUUCCCAGAGAGAAGAGAUUGGUCAAUGCAAUUGUUGGCUGUUGCUUGCUUAUCUUUGGCAGCCAAAGUAGACGAAACCGAUGUUCCUCGGAUUCUUGAAUUGCAGAUUGGUGAAUCCAAGUUUGUGUUUGAAGCAAAAACCAUUCAGAAAAUAGAGCUUCUGGUACUAACCACAUUGAAGUGGAGAAUGCAAGCAAUUACUCCUUUCUCCUUCAUUGAAUAUUUCCUUUCUAAGAUUAAUGAUGAUAAGAGUUCAUUGAAUAAUUCUAUAAUUUUGCAAUGUACUCAACUUAUAUCAAGCACCAUUAAAAGUCCUGACUUCUUGGAAUUCAAACCAUCAGAGAUUGCAGCAGCAGUGGCAACAUAUGUUGUAGAAGAAUUUCAAGCAAUUGAUAGUAGCAAAUCAAUUUCUACUCUGAUUCAAUACAUAGAAAAGGAGAGAUUAUUGAAGUGUGUUGAAAAGGUGCAAGAGAUGUGUAUUUUCACUGCCAAGGAUUCAAAUGCCUCUUCUGUCUCUAGUGUGCUUCAAAGCCCAAUGGGUAUGUUUGAUACAUUGCGCUUCCGCUACAAAUGUGAUGACAACAAUGCUGGUGUUGAUGCUAAGAGAAGGAAGCUAAACAAAAGAUGUGGAUUAGAGCUUCUGUAG